CAGGCUUUUCAAGCCGACGCCGUUCGUGUGGCUUUCAGUGUAUUCAGUGCAGUCGUAUCGUUCGGUUCGUUCUCACGGUGAAAAGCGGUGGAAGGUCCUGUUCGGAGGACAACCUCAAUACGCCACUCACACACGCACAUGUGGGCUUACUCACACGGACACGGGUGCGCUAGUCGAAAGUAAAAGUUGUCCAGUGUGCAAUAAAGGUAAAUAAUAAAUAAGCAAAUGUGAAAUAUACGCACGCAAUGUGAAAGUAAGGAAAUAUAUGAAAAAAUGUUCGGAAAUAUGAAAAUUCAGACCUGCGUGCCAGGAUGCAAAAUCAAAUGAUAAAAAAUUGAAAAAAGUGAAAAUUAACACUGGCAAAAUUGCGAGGUUCAUAACGAUCCGGUACCGAAACUCUUGAGUAAACUUAAGUUUUAUCAAAACGCAUUUAAUCAACGAAAAGUGACAACAAACAGGAGCAAAGGACAAAGGCAGCGCGGCAAGGCAGCUGAGUCCUGGCAUCCUGCAAUCCUGGAUGGGCAGCAAUUGGCUAAUGAAGAUGAAGUGAGAUUGUGUUCGAGCCGAAAUUAAAUAGAAUAUAAAUCGCUGGAAAAAUGGCGGCGAUUUGUCAGCCUUUGUCGAGCAGAACAAAUGCAAAGUAGUUCCACGGCCAGCAGAAGGAUAAACUAUAGAAGGGAAAUUCACAAGUGAAUUUCCUUUCCUUUCGGCUUCUUCCAGCGGCAAUUUCACGCAUCGCGGCAGAAUGAUGAUGACGGCAGGCGCUAAUCAGGCCGCCCCCAGCCACGCCCCCCAUCUAGUCCACAAACACAUUUUCAAAUAGGUUUUCGAGGCGGAAAAGAGCAAACGGGAGCAAGGGAAAUCCGCAUAGGAGCGCAGGGGCUGGCACCACGCUCGCUAGUGAAAUAUUAUGGCAACUUUUCAAAUGGAAAUGCACCAGCAGCAGCAUCAACGAACGAAUUUAAGGCAACGAGCGGCGGCAGUGGCAGCAUCCAAAGCCAGGCGACAACGACAACAUCUGCAGCCGGAGUCCACUGACUCGCCACAAUACGGCACCGAUUGCAUAAGACUGUGGCCAGGAUGUGGCCCAUCCACCGCUGACAGGGCCAUCGGCAACUCACCCACCUGCAACAACACCAGCAGCAGCCACAUCAGCCGCAUCAGCGGCAACACGCGCAGCAGCAGCAUCAGCAGCAUCAGCGGUUGCAGCUGCAACUUCGGUCGGCAAAGAGCGCUGAUUAUGCUCAGUGUGCUCGUCGUUGUCAUGGCUCUGAUGUCUAAUGGAGCUUACGCCGCUCAGCGCGACUCCUACAACUCGAAGGAUAUGAGUAGCAGUAACAAUGCCCUGCCCAACGAAGGAGUGGGAGGAUCUGCAGCUGGAGCAGGCGAGCCGGCUGCUCCUGGUCCCACUGGUGUCGCCGGAAGCGGAAGCGGCAACAAUAGCAGCGGAAAUAACAAAAACGGCCAUCCCGCUGCCGGAUCAAGCGCUGCCUCCGAAUCCGAUGCGCUGACAACCGAUGCCAGUCGCAGAUCCUCCGGCAGCCCCACCACCAUCACGGGAAUCCCGAGCAGCAGCCUCCACAAGGCCAGCAGCGCCAACAGCGCCAACAGCGCCAGCAGCAACAUAUUCUCCUCCCAGCUGGCAUCCGGCUUCCAUCGCAACAGCAUCGAUCUGGAGGAGGCCCGCAAUGCGGGUCCCUACUUCGACAAGGCCUUCUCCAAGAACGUCACCGCCCUGCUGGGCAAGACGGCCUACUUGAACUGCCGAGUCAAGAAUCUGGGCAAUAAGACGAUGUUGCUUCAGGUGUCGUGGGUGCGACAUCGGGACAUACAUUUGCUGACAGUUGGCCGAUACACAUACACGUCGGAUCAGCGCUUUCGGGCCAUUCAUCAGCCGCAAACUGAAGACUGGAUGCUGCAAAUCAAGUACCCGCAACAUCGCGAUUCCGGCAUCUACGAGUGCCAGGUAUCGACCACACCCCACAUGAGUCACUACAUUCACCUGAAUGUCGUUGAACCCUCGACGGAAAUCAUCGGUGCACCCGAUCUGUAUAUAGAAAGUGGUUCCACUAUAAACCUUACCUGUAUCAUACAAAACUCACCGGAGCCGCCAGCCUAUAUCUUCUGGAAUCAUAAUAAUGCUUUUCCCUCUCACCCGCAGAUCAUCAACUACGAUUCGCCGCGCGGAGGCGUGUCCGUGGUCACCAAUAAGGGCGAUACGACCACAUCGUUCCUCCUAAUUAAAUCGGCGCGUCCGUCAGACUCCGGGCAUUAUCAGUGUAAUCCAUCAAAUGCAAAGCCCAAAAGCGUUACAGUACAUGUGCUCAAUGGUGUUUCCCAUUCCGUUUCCAGGGGAGUUCCCAGCAGCAAUGCAGCACGCGGCACCAGUGCAUCCUCGCCCCUCGCCCACUCGCUGUCUGUUUGUGUACCUGUUUGUGUGCUUCUGCAGCUGGGCGCUUGCAGGUGGAUCGCUGCGCUGCUGGGCGCCGCUCUGGCCACGCCCCCGCCGGUCCGUCCCGCCCGGCGGACGACAGGGAAGCGUCCUGGAUCGGCAGGAUGUGCGCCACUCGGCUGCGACAUGCGCCACUUCCUCGCCAGCGUUCUGAGGUGGCGAUGGCGAUGGUGUUGGCGCUGGCACUGGAAAGGUACGCAGCAGCGGCAUCCUUGGCAUUAUGUGAAGCCUCAAUCGCGCAGGGAGGCGGCAACGUGUAGACAGCCCUUCGAGGCGGACAUAAGGUGAGCUCAACGCCCAACACCUUCCUCAAGGCCACUCUCAACUCAAUCGUAAGCUGUAACUAUAAUAACUAUAACGUAUGCAUACAACAUAACUCUAUUGGUUAUUGCGUUUUUCUAUGAAUCAGCGACGUAUACGUAAUAUUUAGCACAAAACCGAAACGAGAAGAAAAAGAGAGAACGUAAAUAUAUGAUAUACCUAACUAUAGAUAAAACCGAAAUCAAGCCAAGUUGUCGCCUUUUUUUAUGUACGACUUUGUAUCAUACAAUGAAGCUAUCUAAGUCUUUGGUUCCCUUAGAAAUUGGAAAUGGUGUAAAUAGGCUGCUUAGCAUACCUAGAGGCGCUUUUUUCGAUCGACUCUUUCCAACCUUUGUAACUUUUAUAGCCAAAAUUAGGCAGAUGGCACCCUACAGAAAGCUGCUAAACACUGCAUUCAAAAUACAAACAAGAAGCAAGGGGAAAAUAUAUUCCGCAAAUACCAGAACAGAAAACGCUUUCGACUGCCACUUUGCGACUGUUUCCUCGAAGCAUGGAGAAAUUCUCAUUUGCAUUUUGCGUAAUCCUAAUAGACAGAUAAAUGUUCAACCGAAAGGCAAUUAGCACGACGCAAACUAAAAACAUUCAACUUCAAGUACAGGCUAUAGAAAAAACGAAAAAAAAACCUAGA